CACCUCAACACCAUGAUACUUAGGCCUCACAUCCACCUAAAGAAUGGGGAAAUCAUCCAAGGACAAGCGUGAUGCCUACUACCGUCUAGCGAAAGAACAAGGAUGGCGAGCCCGCAGCGCCUUCAAGCUGCUCCAGAUCGACGAAGAAUUCAAUCUGUUCGAGGAUGUCACUCGAGUGGUCGAUCUCUGCGCCGCACCUGGAAGUUGGAGUCAAGUUUUGUCGAGAAUCCUCAUCAAAGGGGAGAAAUUUGGGCGUGCUGGAUGGGAAGAGAAGAAAGAGCAGGAUCGGCGAUACGUCUACGGAGAUGAUUCCAUCAAAGUAAAAGAGGGCAUCGGAGCUCCAUUGAAGCCAGAUACGAAAGAGCAGCUGAACCCGAAAAAAGACGUCAAGAUUGUGGCGAUAGACCUACAACCCAUGAGUCCCCUCGAAGGCAUCACGACGCUACGAGCAGACAUCACCCAUCCCUCAACCAUCCCCCUUCUCCUCCAAGCACUUGACCCCGAAAGCUUCGAUCCUGUGGCGACAUCUGUCUCCCACCCGGUUGACCUCGUGAUCUCCGAUGGUGCUCCAGAUGUCACAGGUCUCCACGAUCUCGACAUAUACGUCCAAGGCCAGCUAAUCUGGGCCGCGCUGAACCUCGCCCUCUGUGUUCUCAAGCCAGGCGGGAAAUUCGUUGCGAAGAUUUUCAGAGGCAAAGACGUCGAUCUUCUAUAUGCACAGCUCAAACUCGUAUUCAAACGGGUUCGCGUCGCAAAACCUCGGAGCAGUCGCGCAAGCAGCAUCGAAGCCUUCGUCGUAUGCGAGGGAUUUUGUCCACCGAAGGGAUUUAAAGCUAGCCUAGACAACCCACUUGGGGCGGGUUCAAAGCUACCGCCAAAUCCAGAGACGUCUGGGGAACGCACGAAACCCUAUCGAAGAGUUCGAGAGGAUGGCAUCACGGAGCUGGAACUGGGCUCAGAAGAUGAGGAACCCGAGGACGAUAUUAGAUGGAUCGCACCCUUUCUUUCGUGCGGAGAUCUAUCGGCGUAUGAUGCGGAUGCCUCUUAUCAUCUACCAAAAGACAGGACGAGUCUGGAUCCCGUCCAACCGCCCACCGCACCACCGUACAAGCGGGCGCUAGAAAUGAGAAAAGCAGCGGGGGGAGCUUACGGUAAGACGAAGGGGGUGUUCCCUGAGAGUUUGUGAAUACACAACUUGGCGCACUUUCGUUAGGUAGGGCCUGGGAGACCGAAGCGUUUAUUUUUCGCUUCUCAGUGUCACAUCCCGCUUGCAUCUUCGAAAGUCCAUGGGGGUUCCCGAAGAAGUGGCAAGCGCACGUGCUCAGAGUUAAGGCAAAAUGCACUAUGCAUCAGAGAAUUCAUGCAAUACACCUUGAACCGUGUAUCUCGGACUCCACUCAUGCCCUGCAACACUACUGUAAGAGGUGGUUUGGUUGGCAAGUAGACGCUGGGUCAAAAUGUGGACUAUUGUCUACUAUGAUAUACUUCGCAUCGCCUUUAGAAUAAUUAAAGCGUGUAGGGGAAUCCCAAGCAGUGGCAAACUGGUGUGCACAGACAUCUGACAUGGCGUCGUUUUAGGAUGGCG